CCAAUUUCCAUUUGGACAUUUAACGCCUGGAGGUUCUGUUGCUGCUGUCUGUUUCACGGAAGCCCGCUUUAAAGGUAUAAGCUCUCUUAAACGAAAAUGGCCGACAAGUUCACAGAAGAAGAAGUACAAGAAUACAGGGAGGCCUUUCAGCUGUUUGACAAAGACGGCGGAGGCACCAUCAGUACUAAGGAGUUAAAGCAAGUAUUUGAGGCCCUCGGUCAGCAUCCCUCUGAAGAGGAUGUACAAAGCAUGAUAUCUGAGGUGGACCAGGACGGGAGUGGCGAAAUAGACUUCGACGAGUUUUUAACGUUGAUGGCAGCAAAACAAGCCAACAUGACAAUGGAGGACGAGUUAAGAGGUGCUUUUAACGUUUUCGACCAAGAUGGAAGUGGCUACAUAUCAGCACAGGAACUCAAACAGGUUUUGGAAAAUCUGGGCGAAUCGCUUACUGAUGAGGAAGUUGAUGAGAUGAUGAAGGAGGCCGAUCUGGACUCUGACGGUCAAGUCAGUUUUGAAGAGUUCGUGAAGAUGAUGGCCAACAAAUGAGAGGACCACUUUUCCCGUUUUAUCAGAUUUGUACUCACUUCUUUUUUUGCUAAACUAAGACUCGGCUAAAAAUUAAAUUUAACCUUAAAUCA